GUACAGGGACUACGCGGAGAGUACUGGAGCGACCUGAGGUAUGGCGGCGAAGGAGAUCGCCGACGGGAGCAGUCCCAUCGACGAAGGAUCCGAUCCAUGUCCUAUUUGCCUUGGACCCAUAUUCCAAGAAUCCUAUCUUGAUACCUGUUUCCACAAGUUUUGUUUCAACUGCAUCAAACGAUGGAUCAGAGUUGUUUCCAGCAAGGUCUCUAAGAAACUGUCCUCUGUAAAAUGUCCUCUCUGUAAGAGAGAGAAUAUCUCAAUCAUCCACAACUACGACGGGUAUUCUUUUGACCGCCACUAUGUUGACCGGAAUAUUACUGAUGGUUUUGUCCUAACAAAAGAACAAAGAUAUAGGUUGCAAUGUUACUACACCGAGUCAGGUUUCUUGGCUGAUGUAUUUGACGUUCCACGGUUUUGGAAAAUGAAAAAGUUACUCCAGCCAAAUCGGUGGCGUGAAGCCUGGUUGAGAAGGGAGCUGCAAGCUCUAAUGCAGGAGGAAGAUGUUGACAUUGUUCUGCAUCAUUUAGUCGGUGUGAUGGAUUCCUUCUCCACAAGAAUCGCACAGAGACGAAAACAAGAAGCAAGAAGCGCAGAGACAAAUCAAGAGCAAUUCAAAUCGGUUAUCGCAGAGGCAGCUCAUCCGUUCUUAAUGGCGAGAACAGACCGGUUUGUGGAUGAGGUAGAACUCUUCCUAGCAUCAGGGCUGAACGUGGAGGCUUAUGAUGCAAUAUAUAAGCAGCGGUUAGGCUGGAACAACCCAAGAGAGAUCGGUGCAGCAAAUGAGGCAAGAGAAGAAGAAGAAGAGAACAGAAGAACACGAGCGACUCCUUUCUUGUUCCUUUUUGAUGAAGACUCAGACUGAGGCUAUUACUAAUCCCUUGUAGACUUGAGUAUAGAAACACAUAACUACAUGAGUAUAAUGAUAUGUCUGUUUCGAUUUUCUUUACUUGUGUAUAAAGUUAAGUUCUUUUGCUUCGCAAAACUAAACAAACAACCAACUAUACCAUUUUAUUCAGAUAUUUAUUACA